AUGCCUCUUCCCCUCGACGUCAACCCCGAGGCUGUGCGACCAAGUACACACACCGUCCCGGACGAUGGGAUACAUGUACUAGUCACCAAAUCGCCAACGCCUGUACCGAUACCUAACGACAGCAGCGACGGGGAGCUAUUCGAGACGCCCGCUAGGUCUGCGUCUUCAAUCAAAUCGGACGAAGUGCGUGAGCUAGAAACCCAAUUAGUUAAGCGUUGCCAGCUUGAGGACUUCACACCCUUUGCUCGCUGCCACCUUUGGAAGCUAAUGAUGUCCUUUUACGACCGCCAGGGCGUGGAGUCUUGGGCCCAAGGCAUUGUACCGCACUUCAUCACGUCUAAUACUUUUAUCGCUAAGCGAUAUAUCAAUGUCUUGAGUGCAUACAUACGAGACGCUCUGAAGCCUGGAUCGGCAUCACCAGUGAGUACCAUGGAGCCGUUUUACAUCGUUGAACUUGGUGCUGGUUCUGGUAAAUUCAGUUUUUAUUUUUUAAGAGCACUUACACAAUUGGAGAGCGUACUUGACUUUCCAUUGGAUAAGAUACGCUACAUUAUGACGGACUUCACAGAACAAAAUUUUAUCUUUUGGAAGUCUCAUCCUGCUCUUGUGCCAUUUAUGAAACGUGGAAUUGUGGACUUUGCAAUUUUUGACGCCACCACAGACACCGAGUUGCGAUUGCACUCGUCUGGCCAAGUCAUUGGUCCCGCUGAGCUAAGUAAUCCGUUGUGCUUGAUUGCAAACUACCUCUUUGAUACGCUAUACCACGACCUCUUUCAAGUGGAUAGAGGGGUUCUGAAGGAAGGACUGAUUAGUGUUGGAUCGAAGCGCGCAGAGGAACCUGAUCCACUUGACCCUGAAAUCAUUAAACGCUUAGAUAACCACUUCAAGUACGAACAGAUCGACGAAGUGUAUUAUGGUGAGACAAGACCACACUGCAACAACAUUUUGAAAUGGUACCACGAGUACUUUGAUCCAGCAUCAAUAGGUGCUACACUAUUGGUCCCCAUUGGAGCUUUGUCAGCAAUCGAGCGUCUAGCAGCUCUGUCGAAGAAUGGACUUGUUGUGCUUUCUGGUGAUAAGGGGCACAGCAAUCCUGACCAUUUUAGCGGCAUCAGCGACCCUCAUAUCGCCGUGCAUGGCAGCUUUUCAGUUAUGGUCAAUUACCAUGCUAUUGGUGUGUAUUUUGCAAGUCGUGGUGGAUUCGCAUUGCAUAGUCCUGAGGAAGAAGCUAGUUUAAAAGUGUCCGCCUUUGUGCUUCCAGCAAAUGCAUUGGGUGAAAAUGAAGCAAAUGACUCUGUUAUGAUUAAGUUAUAUGCAGACGGACUAGACAAGUCCUUUUCGAAGCGCAGCCUUCAUUUUCCGUACCUCUCGGCAGCGUUUGCAAAUGAGAUUGUGUCUUUUGGACCCAAUGACUUCUUUGUGAUGCAGAAAACUACGAAAGAAGAUGCCAAAGCACCGUCGCUCAAGGCGAUUCUUGCCUUGAUGAAACUGAGCGGGUGGGAUCCUGACGUUUUUUACAAGUUCCGAGAUAUUCUUUUGGAUCAGUCACCGACUGCUUCAGCAAAACUUAAGCAAGACGUGAUGUACGGCAUUCCACUUGUCUGGAAGAAUUACUAUGCUCUUGACAAAGAAAAAGAUAUUGCCUUUGAAAUUGGCCGUCUCUUUUACGGAUUGCACGAGUAUGACAGUGCGUUGGCGUACUAUUCACUGUCUGCACGUGAAAUGGGCAAGCACCACGUCACGAGUCAUAACAUGGGUCUGUGUUAUUACAGUAAGAAACAGCUAAAGCUGGCUGCAACAUGUUUUGAAGAGGCCUACGCACUCAACAAUCUGUACCAAAAAGCGGCUACCUGGCUCCAGCGUGUAAACAAGGAGUUAGGCAUUGAAGGUGACAGUAUUAGUGCUGUAUCUUGUCAGACUACUGUUCAGCCCCUUACAAGGAGUACCGAAAGCGUUGCUAAUAUUCCGCUUACAUCACAAAGUUUUUUGCCUUGA